GGAACUCCUUCAGUUUGACUUUUGUGAAAUGUAAACUCUUAGAAUAUCCGAAUGUUGUAUUCCAGCUGCAGUACAACAUUGAUUCAUGCAUCAUAAGAGAAUGGCUCUACAACAACAAGUGAUCCAGAACAAGAUGGAUGAAGCUUGUUCUUCUAUUCUUCAUCUGUGCUCUUGGCUUGAAAAGGCUGGUCACACUGCCAUAGUCAUGUCCUUGGACUGGAAAAACCAAAAGAUUUAUCAUUGUGGCAGUGGUAUUGGCAGGAACUUUCUCUUGAAGAACAAGAAUACAGUGUCAAAUUUUGUCACGUAUUGCUCAGAUGUGUUUUCUGGGAAAGCUGAAGUAUCUGAUGAAUAUGAAACAGAUGAUAACAUGGUAACCAUGGAUAUAGGGGUAUUCUUAUCAAGACAUUCCGAUGAAGAUGUAGAAGAAUGGAAGGAUUCUAAAGCAAAGGAUGUACCUGAUUUUGACCACAGUGAAACAUUUGAUGAAGAUGAACAAGAUUGUUCUGAUGUAGAGCUGCUUCCUGCAGAAGACAGAUCUCUUAGUGAUGCAACAAUCUGUAAUGAUAUCCCAGAAACUACCAUGGUCAAUCAAGUGCGUGAUCAAACUAUUGAAAGCUCAAAAUCAAAAGAGCAAACGGAACAGACUGGAGAUGACAGAACUAAAGAGAAUUCAGAAGAUUUAAACAACACAGAAAAGGCUGAUUUUCACGAUAAAAUUUCAUCUCUGAAUAGAUCGGCAAAAAACAGAGUGAUGACUGGUCAAGAGCAGAGUAAAGAUGAUAAAAGUUUUCACAAGAAUAAACUAACGAAAAGGAAAUUCAACUUGAGAUCUGGAACGGUCAAGAAAAACAGACUAAAGGAGAAUGCAAAUUUAAAUGAAAGUCAAGUGACUGAGGUUGGCAGAGAAAAGGAAACAGAAGAAAAGAGGAAGUGUAACGGACAUAGUUGUCUUUUCUGUGAUAAACAACUAAAGACUAGGAAAAUCUUAUUGAGGCAUGUUCUCACUCAUGUCGGGAAAAGACUUCCGUGUAAUGUUUGUGCCGCAGUAUGUAAUAAAAGCGAGGAAUUGAAGACGCACCUCAAGAUUCAUCACUCGGAAAACAAUAGGUCGGUGAAAACGUCUGCUUCGUUGGGGAUGAAAAGAAAAAAAACGUCGAAAUCUGCAGCUAGAAUUAAAACUGGAAAACAUGUGAAGGACACAAGUGUAGUAAAAAGUAAGACCUGUCAACUUUGUCAGGUGGAAUUCAGCACAUUUCAUGCUCUGAAGAGACAUAUGAAAUGCCAUAACAAUUUGAAAGUAUUCAAGUGUUAUGUAUGUUCCAAGAAUUUUCACACUGAAAAGGAAUUAGCUUCCCAUGCGACUGUGCACGAUGUGUCGCUGGUUUACUCCUGUUGGGGAUGUGGUCUUCAGUUUGAUUCUGGAGAGACUUUACAAUGUCACAGAGAAAAUAGCAGCUGCAGUGCUCCUGAGGUAGAGGAAGUGUCUAGUUUUAAAUGUUCCAUUUGUGAUAAAAUCUUUGUCUACCAAAAAAAUUUUGAAAAGCAUUUAGAAUUUCAUGAGCAUAUUCAGAAUACUGAUAAAGAAUUGACAGUUUUAGUAAACAAUACUGAAACUAGUGUGGACAAAAGCAGACUCGGUGCUCACAGUACUGAGAUCUGUGGACUCGGUGCUCACAGUACUGAGAUCUGCUCUGAUGAUGUCCUUCAAAAAGAAAUUGAGACAAAUUCAAUUGACAGCCAGAAGAAAACAAAUACGGACCAAGUAUUGGGUGAAGUUCCUAACUCUACAUCAGAGACUAGCAAAAGCACAAGUGAUCUGAUGUGUGAUUUCUGUGGACAAGUAUUCAAGAAGGCAAUGAAUUUAUAUCGCCAUAAGUUAGAACAUGAUGAUAAUGGGAUGUUUUCCUGUAGGUUUUGUAGCUUUGUGACCAAAACAAAAGAGAACUUGACCCGACACUCCAAAAAGCAUCUAGCCCAGCUUCCACAUAUCUGUGAAAUUUGUGGUAAAGGAUUUACUGAGAAGUGUAAUUUAGUAUUUCAUGUGCAAAGUCAUUCUGCCGAUAAGCAAUACCUUUGUGAUGAUUGUGGCAAAUCAUUUCGGGCUCAUAACUCUUUGGUUGCUCACAAGCGAGUUCAUUUAGGAGAUCGGCCUUAUAAGUGCAAGUACUGCAAGCAGACUUUCACGACAAAUAGCACACGGAAGGAACAUGAAAAACUCCACUUGAACAAGAAGAACUACAUGUGUGAUUUGUGUGGAAGUUCAUUUAAUCAGAGAUGUGGGUUAUACACCCAUAAACUAACACACCACAAUAAAAAUCCGGCACAGAUCUGCCCUGACUGUGGAAAAGCAUUUAAAACUCAAAAUCAUCUGAAGGUCCAUUUUGUUGCGAAGCAUCUUAAGCUGGAAGAUGUAGAGAGUUUUGGCUUUAAAGUCUACACCUGUGAAAUUUGCCAGAAGUUGUUUUCAGACAAGGGGGAUUUGAAAAGUCACAUGAAUAAACAUACAGGAGAGAAGCCAUUUAAAUGCACCUACUGCAAUAAAGGUUUCUCUGACAGGAGCAACAUGAGGGCCCACCAGAGGCUUCAUCAGGACACCAGGCCCCACCACUGCAACAUCUGUGGGAAAGGCUUUCUUUUCAACAGGGAUCUGAAGAGACAUCUUAAAUCUCACACACCCCAGUCAGAAGACUCAGACAAAUUGCAGGAAUCCGCUGAUGCUGUUGAAUUUCUGAAUUCCUCUCUAACUACUAGUGAUGGUGAAUCAGUCCAGGUGCAUAGCAGCAAUGCUAUUGAAGAUUUUAAUGUUUAUACAGGUGCAGACCAUGAUUAUAUGUUUACUAGAUAGGUUUACAAAAUGUAUGCCAAUGUUAUUUGAGGGCAUCCAUAAAAUAUGAUGUUUUAAAAAUGAAUUAUGAAUGAUCUUAUGAUGUUGGUUUUCACAUGCUGUUAUGGUACACAGUGAAACAUGAAAUAAACCUCAAGAGCUGCCA